CUAACAAACUAACAAAGCAAGUAAACUGGUUGUAUUCAAGUUAAAGAGGUCACCCGGAUAUGGUUCCCCCUAGACUGCAGUUAAGCCGGAUUGUAAUUACCAAGUUCAGUUUCUAUGACAGUUAUACUGCGGAAGGUUCUUAAACAGCCUGAAGUCUCGACUAAAGGUCUUCAGACCCUCUCAAUCUGACUCUCUAGCGGGCGACUAACCUCCACCGGAGUCGACAGAUUGAGGCCCUAAGAACAAAACCUCCACUACCGGAGUAAAUCCGGUACAGAAUAGUGAGUUGGUUCCUCGACUAAAGUCACCAACUCUCUACCUUCAAUCAAGGAUACUCUAUUAACCUAGUCAGAUAUUCUCAUUCUAGGUUAAAGCAGAAACAACAGGAAUUUGAUCAGGAUUCAAGUCAUUCAAUCAUUAAAACCUCAAUCGAAUAUAAUCAAUCACAGAAUCAGUACUUGGGUUCAUACAAUCAAAGCCUAACAUACAAAUCUAGGGUUCUCCAUACCCAGAUGAAUGGGAGAACUACUCCAUAGAGAAGAAAGCAAAAGCAGAAUCAGACACGGAAUUCAUACUGCGAAGGAUGGAUUCAUGCUUCUGGACGUUGAUCGGCACUUCUCCAAGCUCAAGUUGGCCUCCAAUGGUGUUGAAGAUCAAUCUAGGGCACUUGGGAACUCUUGCUCGUCACUUUCUCUCUCUAGGAACUGAUCUCUCUCUCAAAAACUCGAAUCCCCUUGAAUUGUGGCUGAAACUCUGCUUAAAAGCAUCAGUGGCCAAAGCACGGUCGAGGGCACGGCCGUGCUUUGCCUGACUCCGCCCGUGCCUCGGCCAGGGCUUAAUUACACGGCCAGCAAGUGGGUUAAACACGGCCGUGCUUCGCGUUGGACACGGUCGUGCUUUGGUGGAACACGGCCGUGCUUAGGUGCCCGUGUUUGCAGCUGAAUUGGCCAAACUAAAUUUGCUCUCGGCAUAAAAAGCACGGCCAGCAGUACACGGCCGUGUAAUGCCUUAGGCUGCUCGUGUUUUGGCUCCAGCUCACUGAAAUGACUUCCGAAUGCCCCGAAACUCGCGCUUAGCCUUCCCUUUGACACCUGGGACCUGAAACAUGAUAAAAUAGCACAACCCGGCGUAAAAUAGGCCGCAACACACGACUAUGCCCCUCAAACGGAUAAGAACUAGGGGCGCAAACAUGUGCAUUUAUAUCGUUAUCAUCUAGUAAAACACGUCUUGGCGCCAGUCUUUAGAAUGAGCGACCUCCUUCUCGUGGUGAGAGUACGGGUGGUAGUGGAUUCCCAGUGCAUGGGCCAACCCGUCGAUGCUCAGCUCCCGCAUGUGGCCGCCGAGCCAGAAAGUCACACCGGUGGGGGAGUCUCAGGCCGCCUUGGGGCGGUACUGGAAGGUGGAGUAGAACUCCCACACCAGCUCCGUGUAUGUGGAGUCCUCUAUGCUCAGGAGCGCCCUCCAGUUUGGGUGGCUGAUGGCGGCAGCGAUCUCCUCCAUGCAGUGGAGCUACUGGAAGACGCCCCACACCAGGUGGUGGUGUCGGUGGAACACCCAGUUAAGGACCCCGACGGUACUGGUCUGCAUACUCGGGGUGAAGGCGCAGCCCCUACAUAAAUGGAUGGUCUAGACACAUGAUCCUGCAAAAUCAGCAAACCAAAGGUGGAGCCAAGAAAAUUCUCGUUAGGACCGCAAGCAUGGGUUCGACAGCUCCCCCACACUUAAGGACCACCUAGGGUAAGCACUCAAGCACAAAGCAGUGGAUUUGCAAACAAACCAACCGCAAAUCAAGAAAGAAUCAUGGUAAAAGCAAGGCAUUUCAACAAUUAGGCAUCCAUCUUUCAUGAGCAACUCAAAUCCACUGCAUCCCUCACCCUAUUCUAGUUCAAACAUGCCAAACGAAUCACAGCUCUCGGGCCUAACAUCUGCAGUCCGAUUUUCCAUAGAAAAACAAAAUGAGCAAGAAACACACCUGGAAACA